AUGUCACGAACUCUGAUACCACAGUGUAUUGGAAUAUUAUUUCAAAACUGUUCUUCACGCCGAAAAACAGGGCAUCAGAUUUUUGAAAGUUUCAAAACGGAAAAUCGGCAGUGUUUUUGGAACACCGAAUUAUCAGAAGCAGUAAAACAUCUAGUCUAUAUUGGCUUUAUUAGGCCUGGAACACUAUUUGUGUCAUCACCAGAGUCGGAUAGCUUAGAUGUUAUCCGGUAUGCGUGGACAAAUCGUGUUCUGAAACCAGCGAAAGGAUACGUUAUUCUCACAAUUGGCGAUGUACCACAAAUACAGUUACGUGAAAUUGAGCAAGUAACACAUCAACCAGUUGCUGAUAUGAUCUGUGGUGCUGUUGCAAAGUUGAACAAAAGUGGUUAUCCAGCAACAUUGGAAACUCUUUGUAUGGAACUGUCAAAGCAUCAUUCCGAUUUACCACCACCAUCUCCAGACACUGUUCAGAAGAACUUAGAUGCGCUGUUGAACGCUGAAUUUAUUUAUCGUCUCGGGGAAAAUUUAUUCCUUUCAAAAGCUCCGACAGUACCAUAUAUUUUUGCCAAAAAAGCAAACGUCAAAUGUAACGCUGAAUGCCAAACAGGCAAAAGUAUCAUAUAUUCACCAGAAAGUCAACAACAACGACAAGAAUUUGUGUCCAAACAUCGACGAGGUCUUAUUGCAAGACUUUUUGCUCGACGAAACUCACCAGCAAAAGUUGCACCAAAAAAGAAAGAAGCCAUCACUGUAUCAGCAAAGCUACCAACAUCAGGUUGGGUAUACGAAGCAGUGCCCGGCGAUAGUAAAGCGAAGAGCUUGGAAGAGCGGCGGGACGACAUUCAAAGAUUGAAUUGUUAUGCGGACAGUGCUCGGCAACCAGAAUUUGACCGGAAAAGGUUACGGAUGAAACAUCGACGUGGCGAAACAUUGCUGCCAUUAAGCCCAGAAUGUUUGGACUAUGGACCGGUUGAUCCACCGGAAUGUUUACCAUAUUUAGGAGCACCAGAAAGUUUAGUAGAAAUGGAGGAACGACCAGUAAAUAAGGCAAAAGUACGCCGGCGGAUUAACUGUAAAGAUGUUGCACGGACGUCAACACCAGUUCCAGAAGGUUCCGAUUCGGCGUAUUCAUUGUCACCAGUGAUCACAGAAAUGUCAUCGGAAUCCCGUGAACCGUCAUGUAGUCCGUCGUUAAGCGGUGUACGCGAAGAUGAUACUCAAGUGGAGCAUACCUAUGUGAAUAUGUACAGCAACGAAAGUACUCAGUUUGAGGAGAUAACACAAAUUGAAAGGCUUGUUCCUUCUUUACAAGUUUCUAAUAUUUAA